AUGAAGAAUAUACUGUUGGCUGCUCUUUGCGUAGUCGCCGUAUUCUCGGCGUCGCACGCGCUGAGUAGUCCGCUGUCGCCCCCGCCGACGAGAUACCAGGCAUUUCCUUACUGCGCAAAAUGCGUCGCUUUGGAGUCUAUAUACCGUCUAAAGCCUGAUUUUUCCGGACUUGGAAAUCGCACCUUCUGCUUCACGCUGGAAGUGAAUCCACUCAAUGCCGACUUCAUGUGCAAGAAUGCACCAAUCUACAAGAUGGACAUACAGUCCGACCUCCUCAAUUCAAGCGCAUCCUACAUCUUGCGGCCCCCAGUAGUUCCACAGAUCACUUGCACAUCAGACUUUAUCAAGGUUUGCUUAAACUUGGACUUGUAUGCUAACGCUACAAAGCUGCAUCCCGUGGUUGGUGAAAAUGCCGGUCGCUGGUUGAAUUACGCUCUCACCUCCACGUGUGCGGCAAGUCGCUCCAAGUUCAACCUUACAAUUGCGGUCGGAGGGGAUGGCGACUGGAAGAAUGGCAACGUCUCAUUCCGUUGUUUCAAUGCGUCAGAUGUACUGCCGUGCCAAGGGUCUGAUCAGAAUGUGACCUGCAACUGCAACAUGACGAGGAACAUCACCCCCUUCGCCGCCUUGCCGACUAUGAGCGGUCCAUUCACGGGCCGCAAGAACACGAAGUUGUACUGCUUCAACAUCACCCUCGUGAAGCCCAUUGAGCCAAAUAGCACCUGCGGUAAAAGCAAUCUGCUCGAUAAGGUCAUCAUCUGGGCCGACGACACCAUUUACCGCAGCAGCAUCAAGUCCAUUGCUCUCUACGCUGCGGGCGACACCUCCGCGAAGUAUGUCGUGCCGAACUGGAACAAGUUUGGUAGCCAGCAGGUGAAGGCAACCGGGAUCGGCUGGACUAACGAUAAGGCGAACGGCGGAGCCAUCUGCCUGGAGCUGGACCAAGACGUCGACCUGUCUGAUUUUUGCUUGUGGCGGUUUCCCCAGCAGAAGAACUCUUGCAUGGUUUCCCUUUUCGAUACAUCCUAUAAAUGCUGCCCGACGUACCGGCCGAUGGCGCUUACUACGUAG